AUGGCUGUUGUGACCGGCAACCAUCUUUAUAUCGAUGGAGGAGAAGUUUACUACGUCAAUAACGGGUCUACACCCAAAAGCUUACCGCUGAAUUCGACCUACUCCAUCGACCUCUCCAAGUCCUGGUCGAAUGAUUCCGUUAUCCUCAACCAGAUCGACAAAACUUCUGCGCCUCGAAGUCUGAACGUCGGGAAUUUGUUUCCAGAUCCGUCAGGAACCUCCUUCUACCAGUGGAAUGGCAAAAUCAGUUCAGCCUUGCCCUACGACCAACUCCCCGAUCCUCCAGCUGCCAAUUUAUGGCAGUUCCGAGCCGACGGCGAUCAAGGAAAGUGGUCGCUCGUUACUGCGCCGAACUUGAAACGGCUAUCCCGUGCGGCAUCUACACAAGGGAACGGGACGGCGUAUUUCUUAGGUGGUUUUGGAGACUGGCGGUCUGAUAAGGACUACUAUUCAAAUACCAGUUUGCGGUUCAGUGGUGGAGGAUUGGUUACCUAUGAUAUUCAAUCCCAGUCCUGGAACAACUACAGCAUCGAGGAGUUUGCUCCAACGGGUUGGUCAUUUGAUGCCAACUUUCACUACCUCGAAGGCAUGGGAAGAGAAGGCCUGCUGCUAGCUAUGGGUGGUGCUACGUCGCCCCCAGGUGGUACUAAUCGUCAAGGCGAUGAGAUUUUGAAUCCAUUCAACUAUGUCACACUUUACGAUGCCAUGGUGAACAAGUGGUACAAUCAGUCGACCAGUGGAGAUAUUCCCGUUAAGAGAUUUAGUACUUGCUCCGUGGGGAUUGCUGGCGAUAAUGGUACAUUCGAGAUAUUUUUGUACGGUGGUUCUGUCACAGCAUCUGCUAGUUCUGGGGAGGAACAGCAAACCAACCUAGAUUUUUCGGAGGUUUACAUUCUCUCGAUACCUUCUUUCCGGUGGUACAAGACAAAUCUCAAGCCUACAACAUCCAGAUUUCGUCAUACAUGCAACGUUAUUGGUCAAAGACAGAUGGUGGUUGUUGGUGGUCUAGCAUCCUUAGCCCUCUCGAGGCUGCCGACAGAUCCCUGGGGCCAAGGGUUGGGCAUCUUUGAUCUCACAGACCUAGAAUGGAAGAGCUCGUACGACGCUUCUGCCUCUCCCUACCAAAGCCCGAAUAUGGUAAAGGAAUCAAUUGCAAAAGACGGACGAUAUCCCUCUAGUUGGGACUCGCCAGUCGUCGAAGGGCUUUUCACCAACAAAGCGGUGGACAAUGAUUCCAGCAGUAGCUCUCCCGAACCAGCCACUUCAGGUAAGAGCAAUAAUACAGGAGCAAUAGUGGGAGGUGUCAUCGGUGGUAUCGUAGUACUCGCUCUUAUUGGGGUUGCGGUAUGGUUCCUUCUUCGACGAUCGCGGAAGCCACAUGCGGAGCAACAGAUGUUGGUAGAGCACUCGAAGAUGGACGAGCACUCGAAGCUGGAUGACGAACCUCCUCCAACGAAGCGUGCGGAAUUGAACAGCGAACCAGAUGAUCUUCACAGCCACAGCGAAAGCUGGGAAAUGGACGGAGGUACCAGUCACCGAUUCGAGCUGCCUGCUUCUGAAGGCCAGAAAGCCUCGAAUCAUUCAAGUGGGAUGGCAAAGAAUGGUUGA